CUCGAACUAGCCUUACUCCGCUCACACUUUCGGGAAAAAUGCAAACGCUACUGAUGCCGGCAGUUCGCUCCGGCACGGCGGCAUCCAUGGCGGCGGUUCCAACGCCUCCCCUUAUCCACCGUGAAAAACACCUACCUCUCCUCCCUCCUCCAAACUCCAUCCUAAUCUUUCACAAAUCCACACAACCUCUCCCAUCAUUCUCUUACAUUAGCUCAUUAUCUAUUUAUGAUCAUCUUAGGAACAAAACACCAAAAAAAUUAUUUACCCAAACAAACGCUUCUAAUGCAACUGCUCCUGCUUUCAAUUCCCAAAACGACGAGGCAGAAAGGGCAAAACUCGCUCAGGUGGCUAAGAGAUUAGAGAAUACAUCAAGGUAUUUUAAGCGGUUGGGUAGUUUAGGAUUUUGGGGGCAGCUAAUAUGUAGUACAGUGGCAGCUGUGAUUCUUUCCUUUUCUGUGGUUGUCACUGGGAAGAUCACUUCGCCUCCCACUUUUUAUGCUACUCUUGGUGGCAUUGCAGCUGCAUUCAUUUCUGUUUUCUGGUCAUUUGGGUACAUCCGGCUUUCUGAGAAGCUCCGAAAAACUGCCAAUGAUCCUUCCAAGGCACCUCCUCGUGCUGAUGUUGUGAAAAGCUUGAAAAAUGGCAUAAUACUGAAUUUGUUGGGAAUGGGUGCUGCCAUUCUUGGGAUGCAAGCCACAGUUGGAUUGUUGGUUGCAAAGGCCCUAACCUCUUCUGCAAAUCCUUAUUACCAGCAAAUCUCUCCUGGUUACAGUCCAGUUCUUGCAUUGGAUGUGUUUUUGGUGCAGGCAUCAGCGAACACCAUCCUUUCUCACUUCCUGGGGCUUGUAUUCUCCUCGGAACUUUUACGCUCAGUGACACUACCACCAUCAGAAAAUAUUCCAGUCUUUAAGGUGGCAUAAGCUUCUUCUGCAUGAUAUUGUAGCUGAGGUUGAAGAUAGUGAUUUUAAAACUUCUGCAUGAUACUACAAAAUGCGCGCAAUUCUCAUAGUGAUAAUUUGUAGCCUACCGUUCCAAUGAAAUUUGAUUGAUUCCAAAA